AUGCUAUCUUUAAACAUAAAAGAGGAAGAAUACUGGGAGGCUUGCCAACAUGCAUUGAAGAACCCAUAUGAAGCAAGAACAGAUGAUGAAAAGAAUGAAGGGGGAGAAGCCCCUAGUGAUGAUGAUGAAGGUAGUGGCAGCAAAGAUGAUAAUUGUGGUGAUAGCAACAGUGAUGAUGGUGGAGACAGUGACGGUAGAGACAAUAGCAAUGAUGAUAGUGAUAGUGAAAGAAGUAAUAGUGAAGACUAUGAUAGCCAAGAUAAUGGUAAUGAUAGGAGUGAACCCCCUAGUGAUAGAGAGGACGAAGAUGCGGGAGCCUUCUAUGAAGAUGAUUCUUAUGACGAUGUGGACUAA